AUGACAGCCCGUCAGAUAGCGGCGUCCUUUUUCAAGUAUGCGUCGAUUCCUGUGGCCAUUUUGAUUGGUCUAUAUGCGAUUACCCUUGGGUUACUUACGACGGCGACCUUUCAAUCACAUGUUGUUUAUCUUCAUGCGAUUCAAAUGACAUGGUUUAGAGACCUCAAUGUGCCUGAAAGGUUUGGAUUUCUUAAAAACCAGGUUACUUCCUUCUCCAUCAGGACGCCAGACGGCGAGCGAUUACAUACUUGGCAUAUACUUCCCGUGGAAUUAUACCGCAAACAUGAGGCUUCUCUUCUUGACGAAACUGUGGGUCUAAUCUCUGAUGUGAAGUCAAGACUGGGGUUCCAGCUGUUACGGGAUGACCCCGACGCUCGGUUGGUGCUCCAUAUGCACGGUGCGGGAGGAACCAUUGCCUCUGGGUACAGAGUCCCGAAUUAUCGAGCGCUCUCUGCAGGGCACCCUGGAAAGAUCCACGUGCUCGCAUUUGAUUAUCGGGGAUUUGGAAAUAGUACCGGGUCACCAUCGGAGACCGGACUCAUUAUCGACGCGCUUGCAGUGGUGAAUUGGGCAAUGAAUGUCGCCGGCAUCCCUCCGGCCCGGAUUGCUAUAUUUAGCCAAUCCAUGGGAACAGCUGUCACCGUUGCAAUAUCUAAGCAUCUUGCCACUCAGACCCCACCGAUAGUUCUUGCGGGGACCGUUCUCGUUGCCCCUUUCGUGGACAUUGCCACGCUUGUCUCAACGUAUCGAGUGGCAGGGACCAUACCAAUCCUAUCGCCGAUUGCAAGGUUUCCACCCCUGUUCAGGAGUCUUCAGCGAUUUAUUAAAGAUAAAUGGAUGAGCAAAGAUUCCAUUGCGGAAUAUGUUCGGGCCAACGAAUUGAAUGGAGAAACAUACCGACUGACAAUAAUCCAUGCGGAGGAUGACUACGACAUCCCAUGGCAUCAUUCACAAUUGCUCUUUUGGCAUGCUGUCAAUGCUUCAAUGCCAGCUGGUAUUAGCUAUGAUGAGCUUGAGCAAAAGAAACUUGACUCGAAGAAAGAUCUCGGUGCUGCUGGGUCAGUGAUGGAGUGGAACACGCAGAACGGGAAAAUACGUGAGGAAAUUCUGAAGACCGGACUGCACGAUGUUGUAAUGGGGUACCCGGUAAUCUCUAUGGCUGUGAUGCGGUUCUUUGAGGCGGCAGACCCAUCGUUCACCAUUUGA